AUGCCUGCGAGAACUCGGCCCAUCGAGAAGAUUGCUAAAGCCUCAGCCCAAUGUUCUACAGAGGUUUGUGAUUUUGUAGCAGCAUACGGAAAAUGUGUUGUUACAGAUUAUAACUCGGUCCACAAAGAUAUGUGUGCCAAAGAGUUUAUGAGACUCAAGAAUUGCUACCUUGUGAGCCAUGAGCCAGUCUAUGAAUGCGUUGCAAUGCGAUGGGCUAAUCAAUUCAAUCUAGGCGGCAUCCAAGAAGGGUUAAGCAAAAAGCCUGUGCCACACAGUAUUUUGGCUUGGAAGCAUUGGAAAUAUUUAACGAUCUCAAUUUGGGUACAACGGCGCAAGCGGGAGCUCUUGUAA